CUAGAAAUGGAAUAUAAUUUUACAUUUUCUUAAAUACGACACGAGUCAUUUAGGAAAGAAACACGAGACUUUUUCUCUUAUGUUUUGACUGAAUUUUGAGGUCCUUAACACUUCAGAGGUUAAAAUGUCACUUAAUCACAAAAAAAUUUCCUACAAACCAAAUUUUCUUUGAUCUAUUUUUUUUUUUUUUUUGCAUUUGAAGAAAAAGCCCAAAAGUUUACUCGGAAAGCAAAUUCCUUUGAUCUAAAGAAAGAGAGAAAAUGGAGAAUAUGUUAGGUCUUCUAAGACUUCAUGUGAUUAGAGGUGUUAAUCUUGCCAUUAGAGAUUCUCAUAGCAGCGAUCCUUACGUCAUUGUCCGUAUGGGCAAACAGAAGUUACGAACCCGUGUGAUGAAAAAGAAUUUAAAUCCGGAAUGGAACGAAGACUUGACACUUUCUGUUACUGAUCCAACUCUUCCUGUCAAAAUCAUGGUGUACGAUAGAGACUGGUUCUCAAGGGAUGAUAAGAUGGGAGAUGCGGUUUUCCACAUUGAUCCGUUCCUCGAAGCCAUCAGAAUCCAAAAUCAGCUCGGAGGACUUCCCGAUGGGACCGUCAUAAUGAAGAUACAAGCAAGCAGGCAGAACUGUUUGUCAGAAGAGAGCAAGAUUGUGUGGCACAAAGGAAAAAAGAUUGUCCAAAAUAUGUUUCUUAGGCUCCAGAACGUUGAGCGCGGGGAGGUCGAGUUGCAGCUUGAGUGGAUCGAUGUCUCGGACCAUAUAAGUAUAUAGGAGAGGCUGAGGGUGUUGCUUACUAGAUCCAUUUUUGUACUACAUGAAGUUCGUUGGAAAAAUUAUACUACUUAUGCUAUAUUGAGAGUAAAUAAAAUCGAUUUUUUUUUUUUU